UUGACAGUUUGUGAUGUUUGGCUGUAAAUUAUUAAAAAAAACCAUUUAUUCCAUCGAAAAACUAAUUUAAAUAGCUCCUUAAACGAUGCCAAAUAUGAAUAACUUACUAACUUUGUAAGUAUUCAUUUUUAACUAAAAAAGUAAUAUUUUCGGCAUAUAACCUCUCUGACUCCACGACAGUUUUGUUUAUUUACAAAACAUGACGGGUAAGAAAAAGAAGAAGAAGCAACAGCAACCCGCAUUCUGUGCUCGGAUUGCACAACCGCAAAUGCGCUGGCAGCUUGUUACUCCUCCAGCCCAACAAUUGAACAGAACACUUACAACGCCACAACAGACGCAGACAUUCCAAGCCCCUCAUCACCAACAGGAAUCUAUGGUGGAACUGACUGAUGAUACAUCUCCCAAUACCCCCAUAGGGGCCUGGAAACCCAUUGGUGGGGGUGAUGCUACUAAGAAUACCCCUAAUGUAACCCCACAAUCAAAACUAAGUUUUCAGGCAACAUGGCAGAAGUUCCAGCAAAGUUUAAAGUCCAAGCCACCAAGAGCCGGAAAACCCGAGACUAAAAUAUUAGAGGAAAUAUUUCUUAAGAAACAAACUACAGAAGAGAAACCAAGCACUAGCAGCAAUACAGAAAUAUUCUGGGAAGAUGAUUUCCCGGAGAUAUCACAGGCUACCCCCACACAAAAUCCAACCCCUUCACAAGUUCCAAAGCCAGACAUCAUAAAAGGAACAGCCUCAGAAAUAAAGAUAUCUCUUCAAAACAAUGAAAGGAAAUUAACGACUGUUCAAAAACCGAUUUUUGCAAAAAAGGAAGUAACAACUGCCAAUAUGAAUAAAAGUGCAGCUCUCCCUGAUGCACAAAAAUCUUCAGACUUCAAUUUGUUUCACAAACAGAUAUUACCACCUUCAGAUGUUUUUUUAAAUGCAGUUAUGGGCCAAUACCCGAAAGGUGUUCCGAAGUCGUUUUUGUCACGACAAGCUGGGUACGGUGCUAUACAGCCUCAACGCCAUGAUGAGGAUCCUGUCUCCAUUUCAGUCCCUACUCAACCGGUCUGGAGUAACAGACCAUCAAAUGGGAGUCAGAGUAAUCAAACGCAAGCAAGUCCGAACCAACCCCGAACUAACCCCAACCAACUUCAACCAACCCCGAACCAACCCCAACCAACUCCGAACCAACCCCAACCAACACCGCCGCCUGAGAAACGAGGGCAGUACUCGCCUUCUGAUACUUACGACGAUAGCUGGCAAGGAGAACAAGAGCAAGACGCCGAUGGAUCAGAAUCGUUAGAGUCGGGGCAGAAACGGCAGAGCGCGUUCGACCGACUGGGUCCCCUCUCACAACCCAAGAAACCUAAACUGACCAUCAAUUUGCUCUGUUCUAAGGAUGAGUCUGUCAGGGAAGUAUUAGACACGACAGAGGAAGAGGACGCAUAUGUACCAGUGCACCUUCGGAAGGACAUAAUUGAGAGCAAAGAUGAAACGGUUAUAAAGUAUCUACCAUACUGGCCAUGGAAGAAAAAUAUAGCGUACAAGAAUGUCACUGCUAGGGUCUCUAAGACAGCGAUGAUCCUAGAGCAAGAACAAAUGGAGGAAGCAUAUGAGAAAGAUAAUGCAUUCAUACAAGUUUCAGUUAAAGGGUACCCGUCACAUUGGAAGAAAGAACACGUUUUGGACGCAGUGUUAGAUGCUGUUAGGGGGAAGAAUUUCAUACCUUGCUUUACUGAGUUCACGCCAGAAGUCUGCAAAUUCCUCGUCUUGCGAUGCCGUCCAGCCCUGCUGUCGAUUCACAAGAUGGGCUUCUACAUCCGCAAAGACGAAGUAGAAUUGGCUAUCACCAUAUCGCUAACUGAUAAGAGCUUGAAACACAUCGACUUUAUACCGCGUCUGGUGUUACGUAAGCAAUUGGCUUAUGGGUAUGAUGGUGAACGGAAACUGAGCUUAAAGGAAUUUACUUGUAAAAGUGAUAUCAGCCACUUCAUCUACUUCCCGCUGAACCGAAUCGUCAAUCAAACGGAGUUGAUUCAACUACAGAGCACUAUCGCAUGGGAUUUCCUCACUGAUCUAGACCUGUCGCACAACAAAAUCACGUCCAUAGAGGGUUUUGAGCUGCAAAAAACUACCCCCAAAUUAAAACACCUGGAUCUGUCUUACAACUAUUUGGAAAGGAUCCCAGUCUUGCUGAGCUGUAGGGAGGUAGCCCUCCGAAGCCUUAAGUUGGAGGGGAACCCACUCUGCAUGGACUACAUUGACCCUUACCAUUAUGUGAGGGUGGUUAAAAUGAUAUUUCCUGGAUUGGUUGAACUUGACGGCGUAAAAAUCCACUUAAAAGGUGAUUUGCCAGUAACGAAACGCAAUUAUUGUCCAACGGAGGCCGUGGACAUCGCCACUAAGUUUCUUGAAGUGUUCUUCCCGUUACUGGAGUGCCAGUUUGAGGAGCGGCUGAGAAUCGAAGAGUUGUACCACCCGAAUGCUGUGUUGACUGUCAGUUACAGAUACAGUUUACGCUACAGUUCGUUGCACAGAAAGUUCCGCAACAUAUUCCUUCGAGCGCGUAUGUUUGACGAGGGCGACGAGGAAGCGGUGGAAGGCGCCCCGGCCAUCGCCAGACUUAUCGGCAACUGGCCGGCUUUGCAGCAUGACCCUGCAACAUUUACUGUCGAUGUCAUGCACCAUUCUGAAUCUUCAACGAUCCUGAGAGUCGGUGGUGUUCUAAAACUGACCUCAGAAACCCUCGCAGAAGAUGAGCAUCUUCUAGCAUUCACCAGGACUCUGGUACUAACCACCAAAAAUGGAGCGGAGUAUAAGAUCCGCAACGAAAUGGUGUAUUGGGACGAGCCUUGCAAGGAACUUGCCAACAUUUCGUUUCAAUUUAAUGCUGUAAGAGUUAGAACGAAGCGCCUCAGCUUGAAAUUUGACACGAUACCAGAUGAUGAUCUUAAAGAAAAGCUUGUGGAUAUCUUCAUGAAGAUAACUGAAGCGGAUAAAAAAAUAAGUGAAAGGUGCUUAGAAAGCAAAGAAUGGGAUUUAAAGAGCGCUCUCGAAUAUUUCAUGAAACUAGUAAAAAUGAAUGAGUUGGAUGUAUUAAAUAAAGAAGUUGCAGAAACAUGAAAUAAAUAUCUUAUAAUAAACUAAAAUGGCCUUUUUUUC